AUUGUUUUGAACACUGUUGCAUUGUGGGUAGAGUGAUUGACGCGGCGGCCAUUUUCCCCCGCUGGACGCUGCUUCCCAUUGUGGACACGAAGAAGAAAAUACAAGACAAGCGAAACAUUUCUCACCACUUCUACACACUUUUUCCCCCCAGGUGAUCUUCAGUAGCCAUGGCCCGUACCAAGCAGACCGCCCGUAAGUCCACUGGAGGCAAAGCCCCACGUAAGCAGCUGGCCACAAAGGCUGCUCGUAAGAGCGCCCCGUCCACUGGUGGUGUCAAGAAGCCCCAUCGUUACAGGCCCGGUACCGUGGCUCUGCGUGAGAUCCGUCGUUAUCAGAAGUCCACCGAGCUGCUGAUCCGCAAGCUGCCCUUCCAGCGCCUGGUGAGAGAAAUCGCCCAGGACUUCAAGACUGAUCUGCGUUUCCAGAGUGCAGCCAUCGGAGCUCUGCAGGAGGCCAGCGAGGCCUACCUGGUGGGUCUGUUUGAGGACACCAACUUGUGCGCCAUCCACGCCAAGCGUGUCACCAUCAUGCCCAAAGACAUCCAGCUGGCGCGUCGUAUCCGUGGGGAGCGCGCUUAAAUGCUCUCCCCUCCUCUUGGUCUUUCUCCUUCUCACCCUCUUCCUGCCCUUUCCUUUCACCCGCCUGUCUCUCCGCCCCCCGUCCCGCUCCCUCCCCUCUCUCCCUCCCUGUGUUAGUAGUAUGUAGAGGAAAACUGAUUAUAUUAUGGAUAAAGUGUAUAGUCGUGUUUUUCUUAGUGCUCUCGGCAGCAGACUUUUAGGGUACUCUGUUUUUUCGUGCAUGUACCGACUCUUUGGUGAUGAGAUCUCCUCAAGCACACGUCUCCUGGUUUGCACUGUCUCUAAUCUGACUCUGCGUGGGGGAGAGGAUGACUUCUGGAUUAUAAUAAGGAAAGAUCAUGGAGUAGAACAAUGCAAAUUUGGGAGGGACAGCCAGGAGGAGAGGAUGGGUAUGUGUCUGCUGGGGGACUUUGGUCUCUUUUCUGCAGCAGGGUGCUAGAAGAACUUACCAGGUUCUCUCCUCCUGCUCUCCAUCCUCUAACAGCCUCGCUCAGAAAUGUGCAGAGACGACGGUGUUGGCCUCUUUUCAAGACGGCCGAGGCUGUUUUUUUUUCUGUCCCUGUAUGUGUCUGCAUGAGUGUUGGUUCUGAUCACCACAGCAUAUUGUACACAAUCCAUCAGCAUCUUUGGAGAACUUGGUUUAUGAUCAUUUCUGUCAUUCACCAUGUUAGGGGUUUUUUUUUCCUUCCAAAUGAGUCUCACACUUUUUCUUUAUUUCAAACUAUUUGUAGAUGACGUGGAGAUGGGGGGAUAAAUCAGAUUAAAACACCAACAAAGUACAAAAAAACUGAUUUGAACAGAUUUUUUUUUCUACUGAGAUGUGAAGCUACUGAUUUGUUUUGGCACCAAAGUUUGAUCCUCUUGUAGAUGCUCUUUUCCUAACUGACAGAAGAGUUUAACCUCACCUGUUUUUGUGGUGUUAAAAAUUGGUUCCAUCUAACUAUUUAAAAGCCAAAGCUUGAGAGCUCCAGUGUGGUGUCAGAAAUACUUUUGUAGCAGAGGCUCAUUUUUUUAAAAUAAAUAACCUUUUUAUAACAAAAGGUUAAUCGAGGUUUCUAAUGUUCUCCAAAACCAAAAGCUCUCAAAGUGUGAAAAUUAUUAUUUUUUAAACAAACUAACUGAUUAAAAUGUGAAAAUGUAUGUAAAUCAGUGUUACAUGACAAAUAAUACUGGUGUUUUCUGUACACGUCCCCCCUUUGCUUCUAUUUUGUUUUCUCCGGAUCAGUCGAUCGUCUGUGUACCGUUUCUCAGGUCGUCUUGUCGCCCUUUUAACUUAAUUAUAAUUAUAAUUUUUUUUUGCUCAAUUUGAUUUUCUAUUUCUUUUCUUUUUUUUGAAAUGUUGAGGAUGAUGUUUCAAUUAAACAAUGUUUGUAAUUUCCAGAUUUGUCAUAUAAGGUGGUAAUAAAUGGAUGUUACACACAUUCUUCUGUCUCACUGGUUUACACACACUUCUACUUUAUCUGUUUGAUCACACCCACUUUUAUAAUUAUAUGUAUUAUACGUGAUAUGUUUUAUAAU